UGUGUAAAAAAAUAAAAAUUAUAAAUUCUAUCAAGUUUAUUUUAAAUUAAUUUUUACUAAAGGCCUUAUAGCAUGAAAUUUGAGAGACCAAUUGUUCUAAAGCAUUCUAUAGGCUGAAUAAAUAUGAGAUAAUAUUUCAAUUAAAAUAUAAUUGUGAACAUAUACGUUUUUGGAAUCACUUUUCCUCUUUUUUGAAUAAAAUGAGCUGGCGACACUCCAGGCAAGAUUUGCUUCCAUAUGUAAUUUGUCAUUACUUCAUCGUACUCCUCACGUUUCUCUACCUACUCAACUGUGCAACAAAAGCUUUUGCGCUCACUAAUACCACUACACAACAAACGAAAUAUCCCCAUGCCGCCAUUUAUGAAGCACAUGCCAUUGAAUACUUGAACAAAUCCUCAACACUAAUGCAAAGUAUUUGGACGCGGCGUCGCAACAGUUUUUUCAGUCUCACCACCAAAGGACGCGGUUACAAUGUUGUCAAUCAAGCGCCAAUAAAGCAAGAAAUCGAAAAUGACUAUCGCCACCUCGUCCGUGAGUUGGCAAUUAACCUUAGCACCAUACCGGUGAUGCAACUGCAGGACCCGAUAUUGCGGCGACGUGUUAAACGUCUGGCAAAAUUACAGCUCUAUGGCCUGUCGGAUGAGGAUUACGAGGAGGCGAAGAAUUUGCUGCAUACAAUGCAGACCUUUAUAACCACCCGCAUGGUUUGUUCGCUCGGUGAUUGUCAGCAAACGCUCUCCAUGGUGCCGUCUAUUUUGAACCAUGUUGUGCGCACGAAGAAUUUGGCUGAUCUAGAAUACUUUUGGCGGGAGUGGCGCUCUGUUUUGGCCGAUCGUGAUCGCGCGAAAUCCGCUUUCAUAUCAUAUGUGCGACUUUUGAGACUGGCUGCUUAUUACAAUGGGCACAUAACCCCAUCACGUACCUGGUAUCUAUAUUAUGAUACCGAUAAUUUUCAGCGUGAGCUCGAGGAUGUCGUAUGGGAAAUAAUGCCAUUGUAUCAGGAAUUGCAUGCCUAUUUACUGAAAUGUGUCCGCAGCACUUAUGGAGAAAAGUUGAAUGCAAAUGAAGGCGCCAUACCAGCACAUGUAUUGGAGCAAAUUAUAAGGCAGGCAUGGUCGUCACGCACUGUCUUCCGCACACCUUAUCCCAAGAAUCAAUUGCCCACAGUGAAACAACGUUUAGAGGAAAUUCUGGUAACAACGGUGAAGAUUAUUAAAAAAUCGGCAGAGUUUUUUGAAUCCCUCGGCUUGAAUCAUAUGUCGGAUUCCUUCUACGAUCGCUUUUCACGACGUAUUGGUGAUGAGGAGCUCGGACCCGAUUGUCGAGCAGAAGUCUUUUACUUUCCACCUGACGCCGCGUUGCGCUAUUGCCCGAAACUGGAUUAUAAAAAACUUAUGCAAAUUCAUGGUAACAUGGCUGAGCUUCAAUACAAUAUCUAUCGUGGACGUUUGCCAUUCGGAGUGGACAGUGAGCCAUGUCCGGGCUUUGCGAGUGGUAUUGGUGAAGCGGCUGUUAUUGCAUCAGGCACACCACGUCACCUCAAUCAACUGCAUAUACUCUUCAAUCAUAGUUUAAAUGAGGAGCAGUCAAUGAAUCGAUUAUUCCGCAUGGGUAUCCACACCAUUUUAGCUAUACCACAAUAUUUCGUCAAUGACAAGUUUCUUGUUGACGUCAUGGACGGCCACAUUGGCGCUCAGGAUUUGAAUUGUGGCUACUGGAACUUGCAAAAUAAAUACGCUGGUAUUGUGCCACCGAUGCGACGUAAUGAAAAAACUUUUGAUCCUGAUUUUAAAUUUUAUCGAGGGUUGAACCCGGAGAAACCAAAUACAGUGAAAUUGCUUUCGGAAAUACUUGGCUAUCAGUUUUAUCGGGCAUUUUGUUUAGCCAGUGAGCAGUAUCGACCCGGCGAUCCGGAAUAUCCAUUGCACAACUGCGAUUUCUAUGGCAGCACCAAGGCAGGCGAUUUGAUGAAACAAAUGAUGGAGGCCGGUGCCACCAAGCACUGGCGUGAUUUGAUGGAAAUCGCCACGGGCGAACGUAAGCUGAGCGGCAAAGGUGUUAUGGAAUAUUUUGCGCCACUUUAUACAUGGCUAAAGGAGGAGAAUAAAAAGAAUAGUGUGGAGCCGGGAUGGGAGUCGGAGACUAGAUGUAGCAAGGACUAUUAUACACCUUCUUAAGAAAUGAUUGUUACUCUUGUCUCAUAUUAAUAUUAUAAUUGAAUAUAUAUAAUUUUAUAAUCGUACUUAUAUAUAACACAAAUUAUAUAUUC